GGGAUGACGCCACGUGUCCAUGGAAACGUUGGGAUGAAGAGGAGGUGGGCGGAUUUUGCUCCGAUGAUGAGGUCCGCUAUUCUCACUUCACUCCAACCGUGUUGCUGUUGCACGUCCACCACCAGCUAUUUAAGCUGACGCCACCAUCUCCUAUUGCCAGAAAACGCUGGCGUCAUCGCUCGGCACAACCGUCCUCAGGGGACGUGGUGCUGACGUCGACGCCCAUGUGACUACCUCGUCCCAACUCCCCCGGUAGAGAUUAGAAUACGUCGUUGAUGCCAUCGCGAUUCGCGAAUUAAAUGAUUUGACUACCCCCUUCUUAUUCACAUUGUUGAUUCCAUUGAUGACGCCAACAGCUACAAAGAGACGGAAGCCACCUGGGUCCACCCUGAGAUCUUUGCUUUUGCAUCAUCUUGCAUUAGAUGCAUUGAAUCGAUUCUCCUUUGUUGUUGUUGUUUUUUUUUUUUUUUUUAUAUAUAUCUCCUCCCUCAAGCCCACUUGCUGCCUCGUUGACAAAAGGCUUUGCUCGCUCUCUCUCUCUCUCUCUCUCUCCGGCGUUGCAACGAGCGAUGCAAGGUGUACGACGUUUCCGUCAGUUAUCUGGCGGAGGAGUGAAGCUGGAUUUAACGGCGACGGCAACAGCGACAGCGACAAAAGGACCGUUGUCGAUCGAUGGAACGGAAUCGGUGGAGAAGAGGAUCGAACGGCUGGUAUCGGAGAAUCCAGUGAUCAUAUUCAGCAGGUCAUCGUGCUACAUGUGCCAUGUGAUGAAGAAGCUACUUUCGACCAUUGGGGUGCACCCAACCGUGAUCGAAUUGGACGAGGGGGAGUUGGGUGUGCUGGCUGCUCUCUAUAGCACCAGCGACGGGGAAGCUGGCGGUGGCGGUGGCGGUGGUGGUGCCCCGGCAGUUUUCAUCGGUGGAAAGCGCGUGGGAGGUCUGGAGAGUCUGAUGGGCCUACAUCUGAGCGGGCAUCUUGUGCCCAAGCUCAGAGAAGUUGGAGCCCUUUGGGUCUGAAUCUGAUGACCACCAACUUGAUCAUAUUGUAAUUUUGCUAUCAUCAUCAUCAUCAUUUGUAAUUUGAACAAAAUCAAUUAUUAGGAAUUUUCUUCUUACA